CCCUCACCUUCCUCCUUGCCCUCCUGAAGUGCAAUGAUGAAGGCUCUUUGGCUGCUGCCCUUCCUCACCGGUCUCCUCGCCACAGGAGAAGGCAUGGUCUAUGGGCGCUGUGAGCUGGCUCAGAGGCUCCAGCAGUUGGGCUUGGAUGGUUAUGCUGGCUACAGCUUGGCCAACUGGGUCUGCACGGCAUGCCACGAGAGCAGCUAUAAUACUGCUGCCACGCACUACAAUGACUAUGAUGGUAGCACUGACUUUGGUAUCUUCCAGAUCAACAGUCGUUACUGGUGCCAGAAUGGCAGUCAGCCAAGUUCCAACAUGUGCAGAAUUCAAUGCUCUGAACUGCUGACAGACAACAUCGCUCCAGAUGUGGCUUGUGCUAAGAUUGUGGUCGACAACUCAGAGGAUGGAAUGGGUGCCUGGGUGGCAUGGAGAUUAUAUUGUCAAGGCCGGGACCUGUCUCAAUAUGUUGCAGGAUGCAACAUGUAGAGAAACACUGCCCCCUGGUGUCAGCAAAGAUGCUAAAAAACUGA